GUAUUAAUCUAUUCACUAAUUGUUUGUAUGUUUUUGUUUUGUGUAUUAAUGUUAUUAUAAUAUAUAAUAUAAUAUAUAUUAUAUUAAUAGUAAUAAUAACAGUCCUAUUGGUGUGGAAACCAUACAAUCAUAUCAACAAAUAAUUGUUAUAUAAAUUGUUUGCCAUUUAUUUGUUAGUGGUUUGAGAGGACAGUCGUGUUGUUGUGUAUGAAAUCUCAUUGCCGCCGAUGAUAUACAAUGGCCGUCACAUCGACCGAUAGCGACCGUGAGUUUACUACCGACGACGAUGAGGACGACGGCGACAACGAUUCGUUGACCGAUAGCGGCGCCGACGGCUGUGGCGGCGGAGGAGGUAGUGGUGCGGACAACGACUCGUUGGGCGGCAGCGGUGGCGACGAUGAGGACUACGGCGGCGGCGACGACGAUAACGACCUGACAAACUUGACAUGGCUUCAGGACAAUAAUCUAUUGCAGAAUAUACAGGUCGUGGCCAGUGGUGGUGGUGGCGGCCGAUUACAAAACGGCAGCGGCGGCGGCGACCUUGAAGAUAACGAGAACGUAUCGCCGCCGCCACCGCCAACACUGGACGACGGCAGCGGUGAUGGUGGUGGCCAUCAUCAUCAUCAGCAACAACAACAGCAUAGCCAUCGAAACAAUAACAUUACAAGUGUACCGCCGGUUACCUAUAAUCCCCAAUUGCACCGCAACGCCAAACCUCCCUAUUCGUUCAGUUCGCUAAUAUUUAUGGCCAUCGAGUCGUCGGCCAACAAAGCCCUGCCCGUCAAAGAUAUCUACCAAUGGAUUGUCGAUCAUUAUCCGUACUAUCAGACGGCAUCAUCCGGUUGGAAGAAUACCGUACGACAUAAUCUAAGUCUUAACAAAUGUUUUCGCAAACUCGACAAAGUCAGCGAUGAUUUAAUACCGAUUAUAGGAAAAGGUAGUCUCUGGUGUGUGGAUCCCGAUCUACGGCCUACACUGUUGCAGGCGGUCAGGCGUACGCCGGCCCAUAUCUAUCCGUAUAUGUCGCUGGCAAAGACAGCCACCGGUACUUGUGUUGCCGGUAAUACUAUGGUAUCGGCGCCCCGAAUACAACUGUCCACUAAUAACUCUUCCUCUCAGAUCAAUAAGAAGUUAUCGCCGCCUGAACGCCACGUCCAGCAACAGCAGCAGCAAUCGGUGGUCAAUAUAUCGUCGGCUAUUAAUAAUAAUAAUAAUUUGUUACCAUUUUUGUCCAAACGAUUAUUGAUACCAAUGAAAAUCAUUAAGAAAGAAAAUAUCUCAGAAGCUGAUGCAGCCGUAUCUAUGCUGACCUUACAGUGCAAUGUCGCCAACAAUAUCAACACAAACAAUAUCAAUGUUACUCAAGAAUCAAAUUGUGAGACAAUACUACCCGAUGCCUAUGUUGACGACAUCGAUGCACCAGUAGUUACUGUAACAGUUAGUCCAAGCAAUGAUCAUAAUUACUAUCAAAAAAAUAGCAUCACAAGCACCGGUAGUACAACAUUAUCGGCAGCAGCAGCAGCACUAGAACCGGGAGAGAUACUGCCCGAUCAGGUAUACCAUAUAAUACAAGUAAAUAGUGAUAGCAACCAUACAACACUACCUACAUCUACAACAACAACAACAAUACAGCCAAAGAUUAUCAAUACUAGUAGUAGUAGUAGUAGUAGUAGUAAUACUAAUAAUAAUAAAAAUAAGAGAAAAUCUACAAGAAUUGUGUCAACAAAGAGGUUGUCGUCGUCGUCGUCGACGACGACAACUUCGAAGACAAUCCAAGAGGACAUUAACGAUGAAGAUUCAGCCGAUGAAGGUAUGAGAGGAGCGGAAGCCCUAUUGAACUUAGCGUCGAGUAAUAAACAACUACAACAACAACAACAACACGAGAGACCAUUGAUAUUGAAAAAGUGUAAAAAAGAUUAGAGAUCUUCAACUACUUGUUCACUAAAAAAAAAGAAAAGUUUUUUUUUAUAUAUAAUUAUUAUUGAUUUUAUUGAAAAAUAAUAUAU